UACCCUUGGAUGAAACGGAUGCAUCUGAUUUGCGAAAACGGAGAGCAAGGUGCGGAUAACAAGCGCACGCGGACCUCCUACACGAGACACCAGACCCUGGAGCUAGAGAAGGAAUUUCAUUUCAAUAGAUAUUUAUCAAGAAGGCGAAGAAUAGAGAUAGCUCAUGUGUUGAAUCUGUCAGAGAGGCAGAUCAAAAUCUGGUUUCAGAAUCGUCGGAUGAAGUGGAAAAAGGAUCACCCGAAUCACCCGGGUUCAAACGCAACCCUCCACAGCCCGAAACAAAACUUAAACUUUUCCCAACACAACAAAUCUCAACAGUCGCAACGACAGUACAAACAUCAGCACAAACAUCAACAAAAACAAUCAAAAUCCAGCGGUAGCCAAAAUUCGGGAAAAGUUAACCAAAUUUCUGGAAAAAUUAACCAAAAUGUAGGGAAAGUCAACCAAUACAGCCAAUCAAAAGCUCACAAAGUCAACAGUGAGCUAGAGAAAAAUCAAAAUAUGGUCAACAUAAAAUCCAACAAUUCACUAACUGAUCAAACCCCCAUCAAAUCGAAACUAACACCGAAUACCGAAACCGAACCGACGGACCACAAAUUCGACACCUACCUUCGCUGCUACUCGAAUCUCAACGCAAAGCAUAUUCUGAGUAACAAAACUUCUAGCAACAACAUCGGCUGCAGUAUUGGCAGUAAUAAUACUUGCAGUAGUAGUGCGAGUAUUAAUAUUUGCAGCAGUAUAAACGGUAGUAAUUGUGGUAGUAAUAUCAAAGUUGGAAGCAUUUGUAAUGGAAAUAAUAGUGUUUCUAUUUGUAGUAGCAAUGGAUGCAUAAGCAGUAAUACUAACAAUGGAGUUAAUACUAGCAUUGGUAUUAACUGUAGUAGUUACGACAGCAACAGCAGUAGUUUUUAUACUGACGAGUAUUUGGUGAGUAGUAAAUAUAUGGAUGGGUUUGACUCAAGGGAUUAUAAAAAGCAUCCGAAACAUAUUAACAACGAUCAUAAUAAUGAUAACAACAACAUUAGUAAUUACUAUUCAUACAACAGCAUCAACAACAACAACAACAACAAUAUUUACAGUACGAGUAAAAUCAACAACAACAACAUCAACAACAACAUCAACAACAACAUCAACAACAACAACAUCAACAAUGUAAGCUGCAAUAGUGGCUACUACAGUAGCAAUGCUACAGUUGAUUACAGCAACUGCUUCUACGGCAGCAUCAACAACAUCAACAACAACAUCAACAACAACAUCAACAACAACAAUUUUUACAUAGACCAAUACGAUUAUAUGGUACCGCCAGCAAAUAGCUCAAAUGCAUUUCAAAUGGAAAUACCUGCUCUAACGAUAAUUGAAUGA